CUUGACACAAGAUUGACGUUUCCAUUGUUGAUAUUUUCGCAGUUGCUACAGCGGUAUAUUCAUUUUUCGUAUGAAAAUGUGUUUGAGAUGUGGAAAAGAAAGAAAAUUCUUAAUUUUUGCUGAUUAAAAUUAUGACGCGUGGAUACAAAUUUAGUCGAAUUGUGGGUAAGCGGCAGUCGGUAAGAUGAAAUUCCCAUGAAAUAGGAAAUCAAAAUAUAAAGCACUUUCGGCAUUUUUGUAAAACGACAGUGUGAUAAAAAUGAAUCACAAUAAUAAAGAUCAAGUAGUGCGUGAUAUAGUUUGUAGAAGUCACUCGGCGAGGUCUGAAAGAGAUCUAUACCGUGUCUGCCCAUCAAAAUUAAAUAAGAGAGAGCUUGAGGACCUCUAUUUCGCUUUACUGGAAAACAAUUUAGAACUAAAAAGGACUAUCAAUGGGCAAAGAGACCAGAUUAAGACCUUAUCAACUAAGGUCCAAAGGAUGUCUGCGACACAAAAGGGCAGCUUUGGCAGAGAAUCUCGAGAGUGCUGUUUGACAACCAAGGCUGUUGUUAAUGAACAGAAAGAUAUGAUAGCAGAGCUGAAAAAGUCAAAUGAGCGCAUGUCAGAACGCAUCCGUCUUCUGAACAUGAGGUUGUGUUCAGCCAAGCAGUUUGUUAAACGCAGCCCCUCACAGUUGACCACACGCUGCAUCAAAUGUUCCACUCAAACAGCCACUUCACCUAAAAAUUCUUCUACAAUAGCAUUAACAACGAAUAUAAGUGAGAGCAACCUGAAGACUACCGCUGUGUCCUGUCAUGACCUCGUUGAAAAAGAUGUGCCAUCGACAAGGUCUGUGCAAACUGAAACCAAUGAAGAACAUAAAAAAGAAGACCAAGAAAAACCUUGCGAGGAGAACAAAUGUAGAACUCUGAUGGAAGAGUUGAAACAGAAAAUAGUUAACUUGCAAGAGGAACUUUCAACGACUCACAUGGAGUAUUCGUCGCGCAUCGGCCGGUUGGAGAUGGAGGUAUCGUCGCUGCAGGCUCGAGACCGCGAGGGUCAGGAGAUCGCUUCCCGGCUGACACGGGCAGAAAUACGAAACGGCGAGUUGGCAAUGGAGUUGGCUAUAGAAAAGGGGAAGGUGGCGGAGUUAGAGACGAGCGUUAAAGCGGCGCAGAUGUCCAGCAAGGUGGCAGCCACAAUAGAGGGACACCUUGCUACUAUCAAUCAAGCAAGACGCGAGUCGUACUGUCGACCUCCAUUAUGUUCCCCGUGCUGUCCAGCAGAGUGGGAGGAACGGUCUCCGAGGUUGCAGGCGCUGGAGUCGACGCCUACGAAAGCCGUGAGCUCUGUCGAGUUCAGACUCGACAAUUACGAUAUUAAACCUGCUAAAAACUCAGACGAUUCGGGUUAUACCGAUGCCAAUAAGAGCACUGAAAUGUCUGAUGAAAAGGGUCUAAACAAAAUUAACCAGGAGUUGAUGAAAAAAAUUGUAGAAUUACAAACACAAUUGGAUCAGAUCCAAGUUACUGCUACCGGUGAAUCUAUAAAGGAUGAAAAAUCUUCCGAACAACCACUUAAAUCAGAUGAAUUGGUAAAUGGAAAAUUGAUCGAACCAUUAUCAGUGUUUGUAAAAAACGAAGGCUUCGUUAUAAUAGAGCCUGUUAAAGAUGAUAUAAUUACGGAGCGAUCGGUUAAGGUAGAGGAUAUUAAAAAAAAUGAACUCAACAGCGAACAAUCUACAACAAACGCACUAAACAUUGUCAAUGAACAGAGUUCUACGAUAAUUCCUGUGGCUAAAUAUCCUCUGGUUUGGCUGAGCGACGGCCAGAAGAAUUUAGAAGAUACUGAUGAGGGAUCGUACACGAUACAACCAAGUGACAAGCCUCCAACACCAGAAGCAAAACCAGAUACUCCAGAACCUGCAAAAGAUGAUCACAAUAAAUAUCAAAUACCAGGGCCCAUAGCAUCUGAUACUAAUAAAGCUAACAAACAUGUCAGAAGACAGAGUAUUGAUAAAGGAACCAUUUCUAGAAGCAAAGAAUGUCAGAAUGAAGUUGAGAAAGAUAGUAAUACGCAAGUACAAUGUUCUUCAGCGAAGAAUACUCAAGAAGAAGACAAAACUGCAGUCAACUUUAUUAGUAAUGGUAAAGAUAUUCAGGAUGUUGACAACGUUUCAGUGAAAUUCAUUGAUGACAAGACCAAGAAGGAUUCCAUAGAAAUAAUGAAACAGAGACUUACAAAUAAAUCUUCUAGAACUGGCAAAAGUAUAGACAUGCCAUUGAUUGCAGAGAAUAGAUUGCCAGAGAAUAAUCAAGAUCAUUCAUUGACUAAUUAUUACGUGGAUCCUACGAAAUCCAACCGCAUACUGAGUAUGGAACAAAGUCGAAAUUUGCCAGAGAAAAAGGACACGCUAGUGUCCGGUGCCCUGACGGCGGGCGAGCCGCUGGAGGCGUGCGUGCGCAGGCGCAGCGCGUGCGCGUGCGUGUGCGCGGGCGGGCGCGCGCGCUGCUCUGUAGCCUUCGCGGAUGUCGACACCCGCACUCGCUGCCACUGCAGGCGUCCGGAAUGUGAACAGUUGACAAUGUAUUCCAUCGGUACCCAAAUGGACUACCAAGCGGCAGUAGAGAGCUAUCCCUCGUACAAGCCGCCAGUGGUUGACGUGCCCGCCACGUACACCGUGCAGUCCGAGGGCCGCACCUCCCGCGCCAGCGAGAAGGACACCGACCACGAGAUAUCCGCCAUGACUGAUCUGUCCACAGAGAGAGGAGGAACAAGUCCGUCGCCGCUGUCUCCGGGCGAGGACAAGCCUCCGAGCGGCUCGCGGUCCCACUCCGCGCCCACCACCGACUACGGCACGCUCAGCGAGGGGGAACUACCCACUGUGGCGAGAGCGAGAAAAUUAUCUGUCGGAGAACGACCCAUGACCGACAUCACGAACGGUGCUCAUCGAAAGUUCUCCCAGCAAAAUAUGGAGGAAGCCUUACACGCCAUCACCGAGGAACUCGCGCGCUGCAAACAGCUGCUGCACCAACAGAGGCAGCACCAGCGUGGUAAAGUGAAGUCGGUGGACGCGGAUGUGACGGCGGACUUGUGUCCCGCGCCCAUAGCCCUGAAGCGGGCGCCGGGCAACCAGAGGAUCGGGGACACCUUCACUCCCAAAUGUAUCUUCACGCUGCAUAUUGGCACCGUGGUGCUCUCUGAUGAGGCAGUGUUGAACUCUCGCGACAUGUCCCUGGUGCUGACGUGGAAGUUUUACGACCAAAACUUGGCGAUGACGCGCAUGCGCGCCGGCCGGGUCGUGCUCUUCGACUUCUCCACCGAAUACGACGUCAAGAUCACUGAUGACUUCCUCAAUUAUAUGAAACAGGAAGAGAUGCCGAUAAUAAUAUGCGAGUUGGACAAACAAGACGAGCCGUUUGCGAGCUGCGCGCUGCCACUGCGAGAGGCGCUGUUACAUACAAACAGAAGGGCUGACAUGUCUUUAGCUUUGGUGGCGGGUCCGCAGCUCCGCCUGGCGCGCGGCGCGACGGACUCGCUGGACGGCGGCGACGAGGUGGGCGUGCUCGACCUGUGGUGCAUGCUCCGCGCCGAGCCGCGCCUGCUGCCCGCCAUCAACCGCGCCAUCGCCAGGCCGGCCCCGUCCCCGCAGCCGAGCAGCGCCUCGCGCAUCAUGGAGCAGGUGCUCGCCGACGACCACUCCGACCGCCUCUCGCAGGAGCUGGAGCUGCACGUGGGGCAGCUGCGGCGAGGGUCGGGGGCCAGCCAGGGCGUCGGCUCAUCGCGUUGGAAUACUCGGGACUUGAGCGUCGUGACGCGAGUUGGCCCCUUCGGGAAAGAAAGUGACACGCCGUCGGUAGUGCCCGCCUACGAUUAUUAUGACGUCCACAAAUACCCGGUGGUGCGCAGAAGAAGUUCACAGAAACAACGCAAGUCGGGGCAAUCUGACUCGUUGAAUACCGACUUUGGACCCAAAAGACCUGCAGAGUUUGCACCUAAAAAGAUAGAUGAAGGCUCUAAAUGGCAGUCGCCGUUCCAGAAUAUUACGUCGUCGGGAAUCAUAAUUAACGAAGUGCCAGCCAACAUAAAAUCAACGGAAGAAAUGAAACAAGCUUUAAAGAGACUGCGCUAUGGCUGCGACUAA